CGCGGCGCCUCAGUGUUCGUUGCGACUCCGUGCUAGUGGGACGCGUUCCCGCGGUGUCUGGCUACUUCGUGAUCGCGUCGUGACCAGAAACGCGUACGCGAGGUGCGAGAACGCCCCAAGUAACCGUUUUCGUAACUAUUCCGCGUGUACCCGGUGAAAAUUACCGACCCGUGUUUAGACGUUUUCCCGUACGAUUGUGUGCAACGCCGUCCACGAGAUCAGGAAGGAAGAAGGGGGAGCAAGAAGUGCCGCGGCAGAGACUGGAGAAAGGAAAGACGAAAGGAUUAUAAGACUAUAUUCGAGCAACAUGGCCACUGCGAUCGACGACCGGCAGGAGUUGUUGGAGCAGUUUCAGGCGAUCGACGAGAAUGGGGACGGCUUCAUCAACCUCACGGAGCUUCGGAGCGCCCUGGACAUAUGCGGGUUCAAGAUGCCCGGAUACAAGGUGCGCCGGAUGAUCGAGGAGUACGACGACAAACAGAGGUCCGAGCACAAGGGACGGCUAUCCUUCGAGGAGUUCGAGAAGCUCUGCAAAGAGCUGAAAGCCAACGAGUUGGGGGCCACGUUCAAGCAGGUCGUGUCCAAGAAGGAGAAUCUAGAAACGUUAGGAGGUAUUUCGGAAGCUUCCAGCGAAGGUACCACGCAUUCGGUUCGAUUGGAGGAACAGUUGGCCUUCAGCGACUGGAUCAACACAAAUUUGUCCCAUGAUCCUGAUUUGAAGCACUUGCUGCCCAUCGAUCCCGAGGGCAAGGCUCUGUACGAGAAGGUCAAGGACGGAAUUCUACUCUGUAAAAUAAUAAACCACUCCUGCCCGGACACGAUCGACGAGCGAACGAUCAACAAGAAGAGUCUAACCCUCUACAAGAAGCACGAGAACCUGACCCUAGCCUUGUCAUCAGCUCAAGCGAUCGGUUGCAACAUCGUGAACAUCGACGCUCACGAUCUAACGAAAGGUUCUCCCCACCUCGUCCUUGGCCUGCUAUGGCAGAUCAUCAGGAUCGGUCUGUUCAACCAAAUCACCCUGGAGAAUUGUCCAGGCCUUGCCACUCUGCUCCAAGACGGAGAGCGUAUCGAGGACCUAUUGAAACUCUCUCCAGAGUCGAUACUUCUGCGAUGGGUGAACCACCACCUGGAGAACGCCGGAAUCGCGAGACGGUGCAACAACUUCCAAUCUGACAUCACCGACUCCGAGAUCUACACUUAUCUCAUCAAGCAAAUCGCCCCUCACACCGCCGGAGUCACUCUGGAGGCGUUGAUGGAGCCCAACCACACCUCGCGAGCGGAGAUCAUGCUCCAGCAGGCGGCCAAGUUAGGCUGUCGCAGCUUCGUGACCCCCAGCGACGUGGUGAACGGCAUAUACAAGCUGAAUCUCGCGUUCGUCGCCAACAUGUUCAACAACUACCCAGGCCUUGACAAACCAGAGAGCAAUAUCGAAGGUUUGGAGUCCCUGGAGGAGACCAGGGAGGAGAAGACCUAUAGAAACUGGAUGAACUCGAUGGGCGUGAUGCCUCACGUGAAUUGGCUCUAUUCGGACUUGGCCGACGGUCUGGUAAUCUUCCAGCUCUACGACAUCAUCAAGCCAGGCACCGUGAACUGGAACAGGGUGCACAAGAAGUUCACCAAGCUGAGGAAAUUCAUGGAGAAGCUGGAGAACUGCAAUUACGCGGUGGAACUCGGCAAAACGAUGAACUUCUCGCUGGUUGGUAUCGCCGGCCAGGAUCUGAACGAUGGAAACGCGACGCUGACGUUGGCGUUGAUCUGGCAACUGAUGAGGUCGUACACCUUGUCGAUUCUUACGUCUCUGGCAGGCACCCAGGGCAACACUCUGGUGGAGAAGGAGAUCGUGCAGUGGGUGAACUCGAAGUUGCAGGGCGCAGGGAAGACGAGCAGCAUCAAGGGCUUUCAGGAUUCAUCGAUAUCGGACGGGAGGGUGGUGCUCGAUCUGAUCGACGCCAUCAAACCGGGCACGGUCAACUACGAGCUCGUCAAGGAAGGUGGCAACGAGGAGAACCUGGACAACGCGAAGUACGCGAUAUCCUUGGCCCGGAAAUGCGGGGCGCGCGUUUACGCGCUGCCGGAGGACAUCACCGAGGUGAAACCGAAGAUGGUGAUGACGGUGUUCGCUUGCCUGAUGGCGAUGGAUUACGUCCCCAACAUGGACUCCGUGAAGCAACAGAACAACGUGAACAACGGCCAAUAAUGUCGCGCGAACGCGUCAAACGCGCGCUGUGCGCGAGAACUGUCGACUGGGUCGCGGUUGCCGCGGCACACCGUGUCUCUUCUGCGAACGUAAUAAUUGUAUAUACCUAGGUUAGGGUAGCUUGUUUUCCAAAAUGAAAUCAGGUAGGGCGAGAACGAAGGAAAGAAACGAAGACAUCGUUCAACGAAUCGCAGCUAACGAUGGUUUAAUCGCAGAGAUUAUAUAGAUAGAGCGAAGAUAGACCCUCUUUAAGUCAAAUGUAAAAUUCGAAGAUAGAGAGGACAAAUCAGGAGAGAUAUUCUGUUUUUGUCUAAGCUUCCGCGUGCAUCAGGGUUUUAAGACUUGGCCGGGAGAAGCCAUGGAAAUUGAGGAGCAUCUGGCACCAAAGAGACUAUUGGAGUGACAUUUCUCCUCAAUUCGUAUUCUCUCCCAUCGAAGUUUCUGAAGUUGUUAGAGGACAGGCGUGCACACUUUUUUCUCUUACUAUUAGCGUCACACUUUCUCGACUGUCUUACUUACUCUCUCUACAUAAUCUCGUUGCGUUUAACAGCUUCUUAGGACCGACACCUUCUGUGAUUGGGCCUCGUUAGGUUGUCAGUAGAACCUCGGGGAACCUCAGAACUUUGAGGAAGAUAAUAGAGUAGUAUCCAUGAAGAUGAUAGUAUCUAUAACGAAAUUGAUAUCAGUACACAGUAUAUACACAGAGUCUUUGCAACUGUCUCUUGUGGCCAUUUUUCUACUGCUGUAAUCUUGCGUACUUGAUUAUUUGGGAAUUAUACAGUUUUUUCUAGCAUAUUCACAGUGGCUGAGUCGAACAAACAUUUUUUUGUCAAGCAUACAUUAACACGUUGACCGCCAUGUCGCCCACAGUGCUCUUCACUGAACAGCUAAAAAAAUUAAUUCUGAAAGUCGAGUAUCAAAGGAAAUGAAUUUAAAUGAAAUUUAUAAAUUUUACUAAAGUUACUAUGUAGUUAUUAUGUAGUCUCCAAUAGUUUAAAUGAUAUUUAAUCUUAGCAGAAAGUUUCAAGAAUACUUGCCUGGCAGUCAACGUGUUAAAUUGCGACUCGUUUGGAGGUUUUCAGGAAAUCCUUGAACUUCUCUGUGAUUGUAAAUAAACCGUGAUACGUAUCAUUAUGUAAAGCGCAUACACGACUAAACAAACGAGUAACUUGAUCCAUCUAUGUUUAUAACAUAGGAGUAUAAGAGUAUAGAGACACUGUAAGUAGUCAGUUGCACAGAUCCCAUAUCUUUCAUCGAUGCGAAAAGCGUAGGAAGCGUUGAAGAGGCGUUGGAAAGGUCGUCGAGGGUUUAAAGAAGCCUGAAGAGGUCAUCAAAGGGUUAAAGAUUAAGUUACCAGAGGUUUCUUCGUCGAUCGACCGACAGGGUUGUUUGGCGGGGUGCCAAUCCCACAAGGUGUUAAGUAGGAAUCCUCGAGUUCCUACGAGGCCUAGCGAGAUUUUAUCGAGCUUUUGGAGUCCCUGCUUGGUCCAAGAUAUGCUGGGCGUAGAUCCUGCUAGCGAGCUUGAAGAAAGUCAUCGAACCGUGAAUAAAGAUCAGACGGAUCGAUGACGGUAGAGCGUUUUCGGUUUACCAUGAGCACCUUCUGUCGUUAGUAUCUCGACAGAGUGUGUCCUUAUCGACUGUCGGUCGCCAGAAAAUUGUAUCGCGUGAUACGGUUAGAGAUAUCAUAGAUAGAGCAGGGUAGAUACGGUAAGUGGAAAGCCUGUACGUGGAGAUGUCCCACCCGUUAGAAAGGGAGAAACACCGCGGUAACUUACCUAUCUCUGUGCUUUUAUUAAUGUGAAUGUAAAAUAUACAUGUAAUUAUUAAAAGUAAACGAUAACCACUGUUCAUUAACAUAAAAAUGAUAGAAAUAUGCCCUGGCAGACAGAGACGGGUAGGAUACCGCGGUUUUCUUUCUUUUUUUAACUGUAGUAGCUCUCUUACUCUAUCUGUAAUAUCUCUAUGGUGAUACAGGAUUCUCCUUCUCCCAUCCGCAAUCAUAUCCUUGUCUCCGCGUUCGUAACUAGGGCUAGAACUAUUUGAACUGAUUAACAUUCGAAUAUUUUAUAACGCCUCGAGUGAACUUGGAAUGCUAUUAUUCGAAUCAGAAAGUACUCGAAUACUUGCGCCAGGGUUGGGACUACUCGUCGAAUCACUGUACACAAAUGUGUACUGUAAACAUCCAGAUGUAUUUUUGUUCGACAAAUUUGCCGUGAAGGCAACAUUUAAUCACCACGCUAAAUAUUCAUAUUUUCGAAUAUCUAAAUGUUCGAGUAGUCUAGUACUCGUAAUUCUCCAAAUGUUUCAUACAGAGUAACAGAACACAGAGUCACUAGACGAGUAGUCCCAGAUCUACUGUUAACGCGAUCCUAGAUUUGUAUAAAUCGAUUUUGUAACAAUCUCUCUGUCAAUGAUGCUAAGAACAAUAGUCAACGAAAAUUGAAGCGACGUCGAUUGCAUCGAGACAUCCAGAUACCCAGAAAUUCGAAUACUAUUCGGGCAUGUCUACAUACAUCGAGACUUGGCAAAUUCAUCGGGUAAUCUAUCGCCAGGUCGAUCGAAAGCUGAAUCGACUCGAUGGAAACGAAAAUAAUUAACGUAUACCGGAUAUACGUGACUUUCAGAUUGUCGACUAUACAGGUUGUUCCGUAUGAAACGCUGCAAACUGUUUUUUGAAAAGUUAAUGUAGAUAUCGACUAAAUUUUUCUUAGAAUUAAAUAACGCAACGGGUCUUAGCGUGCAAUAAAUUUUCUAUGGAGUGAAUGUUAAAGAGAAAAAGAAGAGUAUCUAUUGAAAUUUGUUAAUAUCUUUUAUAAAACUGAAUAACAUUUACUUAAACCGCUCUUUUUAUUAUGGAUUAUAUUAUUUAACUGUAGGAAAAAUGAAGUAGAUAUUUUCAUCAAGUUCUACGAAAACAGUACACGGGGCACCUUGUAUAUAAAUAAAUAUACAUAUGUAGGAGUUAUUGGAUAAACAACUAACUCUCUCGACAAACGCACGCUCUCACCCGAUCGUCGUUCCAACGCCACAAGCGGAGGCGCCGGAUUCAAACCCGCAUCCCACAUAUAUAUAUAUAUACAUAUACACUAUAUUUACAUUUUUAAAUCAUAUAUAUAUGAGAUGUAUACACGUAUUUGAUACAGCGAGCGUGAAAUUGUCAUACUUUUACAAUGACAAUGUCUUCGAUCAAUUAAUCAAUCAAUUCAAGGGAAAUUCGCGAAUCAACGGCAAAAGUUGUAAACUCGUUUAGAUAACACGCUUGGAUAGCUUUCGACGCACGAAUUACCAUAAUUGUUCGUCUUGGAAUCAUUUCCUAAUAAAUCGAUAUCUCUCGUACCGAGACGAACGUUUUUAAUCUACGAAUUUUAAAUUUAACCGUAUGAUGCAUUUUAUACCGAUGCUUGAAUGCGUUUUAAAACACAGAAUUGUUCACGAGAGAAUAAAAAUAAAAUGAUACACGCUGCCAAUCAUUUAAGGGAGCAUUUAUAAACGUCGAUACACCAACGAUAUCGAAAUGAACGCACAAAGGUCAUUAUUAAUUAUCGAACGCAAUAACGAUUGGAUGUCUAUGCAAUAUUUGACGAUCCAUUCAAACGGAACUACGUACUUACGUAUUUAAAUGCGCAGAUCGUUGCGCUGGGUCCUCUUGAUGCGUUUCACUUUGAAAUACUUGGAAAUCAUUUUGCGGUUUUAAGGGUUUCGAUAACUGUGCACUAUCACACGGAGAUCUGGGUUAAGUCUGAGUUAGAAAGAUCACUCCGAGGAUCAGGGGAGACAAUGUAGGAUUGUUCGAGCGGAUAAAAUUAAUGGCGUGAUUUGAAUAAUGGGCCUACUUGAAAUAUUCAACCGCUGUUAGAAUAGCGGAGCUCUAGUGAGCCAUAUAAACUCGACAUCCUGUCUCGGGAUUAUCUGGAGCGUUUCUCGCGAAUUUACACUGGGAAACAGAUGCACUUCUAGUGCACAUUUAUCGCGAUAUUUGUUUGAACUAAACAAAGACUAAAUGGUUAGUUAAUGGAUGAGCUACGAAGAUUAAAGGAAAGACGAUCGAGCGAGGCAUCGAUAAGAGUGCAAUUCGUCGAUGCUACUUGGAGCAUUCCUAUGAAGAAACUGGCACUUUUCACCGAGAAGCAGGAAAUACGUUAACAUGUAGACCAUCGUGUAUAGAUGACAAGGUUUUUCGUUUUUAGAAAUUAAUUAAUCUGGAUAGGUUUCUUUAAUUUGUUAGAAAUUGAAACGUUUAAAUCAUAUAGUUUUCAAUUCUGUAUGAAGAAAAUCUAAGCCUGACAAAAAUGUCCGCUAUAAAAUUCCCAGUAUUAGUCUGGCGGUCAACGUGUUAAAGUAUUCCUCUUCCAAUCUUCCCAACUUAAGUUUAACUAAAUAUUGCUUUUACGUAAUCCAUUCCACCGAGCGAGCAUAUCUCACCUUUUGUUAGCCAGGAUGCGAAAUUGCAUUCCGUGUGUCCUGAAUCGACAAAGUUCGAAUUGGAGGCGCAAAGACGUUCACGAUGCUCGAGGCAAUUUCUUCUUUUUUCCGUUUCUUUGUUAAAUAAAUUGUCACGCGUAUCGAGACGUGAGUUUAACCGAGGGCCGUUUGCAAUCUGCACACCUAGAUGUAAGGUUUAGUCACGUGGAUAGGUUUCGCUUUAUUCGGUAAAACGGAAUUACAAGAAGAGGAUAAACAAAUGAAUUCGCGUAGAUGGUCGUCGACUAUACGCUGAACAUACAUUUCGAAUCAACUACGUCAAUCAAUUUAAACUUACAAUGAACCGUGAACCAAGAGCGCGCGCGUUCACGGGUCAUCGUACAUAUAAUUUAAUGUAACCGUAAUUUAAAUACAAAGAAAUUUAUCUAA